CAAGCUACGUUUUGUUUAGUGUUGCUAAUCGCGGUUCCUGAAAGCACAUUUCUUCAUCCUCGUUGUUGUCAAGUUUUUAACUUUUGAAGUUCAUAUUUGUGUUGAUUAUAUAUAUUAUAUUUGUGGUUAAUUACUUGCUGUUAUUUCUGUCAAUUUCUUCUGCAUUUCUGCAAUUUAUUGCAUUCAUUGAUCUGUUGUUAUUGUUGCAGGGGCAUCAGAACGCAGCCGAGUCAACAUGCCGUGUGUUCAUUAUAAGUUUUUCAGUAAACUAACACACGACACGGUGAUCUUUGAUGGCCUUCACAUCACUCUCGGAGAUUUGAAACGCCAAAUCAUGAGACGAGAGAAACUGAAGCGCUGCGAUCUGAGCAUCAAAAACGACCAAACCAAUGAAGAAUACACUGAUGAUGCGGACAUCAUCCCCAGUUACACCAUGGUGACCGUCAGACGAAUCCCUGGAACUGGACUAAAAUCCACAUAUAACAGACAUGCCAAUAACUGUUCUAAACCAUCCAGUGGAUCUUCAAAACAAGUGAACAGUUCAUCACUGUCACUGGAGCAGCUUUUCAGGACUGAGAAUCUGGCUGAGGCAAAUGCAUCAGAGGAGGACAAAAUAAAAGCUGUCAUGUUCCAGUCCAGCCUCUGUUACUAUUCUUCGAAUGAAGCACUCAGGCUGGUUGGAGGCCUUCCACCAAACUAUGUGUGCCAUAACUGUGGCAUCCCUGGGCAUCACAUCAGAAACUGCCCAAAGACACGGGAUUCAACUUUUGUUGGGGGUAAACGCAUUCGGAGAAGCACAGGAAUUCCUGUCAGCUUCCUAAUGGAGGUGGAGGACCCCAACAUGAAGGGAGUGAUGCUGAGCAGCAGCGGAAAGCAUGUCAUUCCCAUUAUUAAUGCUGAGGCUUACGCAUCUCAGAAGAAAGAGAAUCCACCUUUCUUACCCCAGAUCGAGUCCUCCUCGUCGACCUCAGAUGGAGAUCCAGUGCCCGAUGCCUUUCUGUGUAAGAUCUGUAAAGAUCUCAUCACCGAUGCUGUGUCGACUCCCUGUUGCAGCAGCAGCUACUGCGACGACUGUAUCCGAUCGUGUCUGCUGGAUUCAGAAGAACAUGUUUGUCCCACCUGCAAACAGUCUUGUGUGUCUCCUGAUUCUCUGAAUAUAAACACGUUCUUACGCCAGGAAGUGAACCGUUUUAAGAACAGAACCGAGGGGUCUGCUUUCUCACACCAGCAAAGACCCCUUCACUCUCAAUCGGCGUGUUCCACCACAAGCCCGAGCCUCAGCCAUGGAUCCAGCUCGAUUUCUUCUGAACCUCAGAGCUCUCGCACAAAUUUACCCUCUGGUAAGAGGCGACGGGACUUGAGCGAGAAUGAUGAUGAAGACAAUGGCUCCACACCUCUCCACAAGAAAACCAAGCAUACUGCUGUGUAAAGAACAUCUAGAGCGCUUCAUCAUCAUAAUGUAUAUAUUAUGUAAAUAUUAUGUAUAUAAUAAGAUAGCACAGACUUAAUAAAGAGUUAUAUAGUUUGUUAAUAUAGUUAAUAAAGUUUGAAGAGUGUUUAUGAAA